AUGUCGAAUGCAAUGACUGUGAUGCUCGAAAACGGGUCUCGCAUUUCUCAUGACGAGCCCGACCGAAUGCCAAAUAAUAUAACAAUUACAUACUUGGACAUGUUCAUGUAUGUGGUGGCCAUCGUUGGCCACUUUAUAGACUUAGGUCUAGAUAUAAACAUCGCAGUGCAGUAUUGUUUAGCUCAUAAGAUGAUGGAGUUCAGUUGGACUCUGGUUUUUAUACUCCUACCGGCGUUUGUGAAUACAGCUCUUUCGGUGAGAAUGUAUUAUCAAGAUAAGCAACAGAAUUCAUUAAGCAAUGAAUUCACAAAACGAAAAUGGCUUCGGAUAUUUAUUUUAGUUCUGCAAAUGGCACCCAUACUUCGAUUUGCUGAUGCCCUCAUUUACGCUAUCAAAAGUCGGCGAGCCGCUCGUAAACGCGAUCCUACAUCUCAAAGGAUGUACUACAGUCUCAUGCUGAAAGAAGAUUCAGAUGCUGCACUACUUAGGAUUUUUGAGUGCUUUCUGGAAGCAGCACCGCAGCAAGUGCUGCAGACUAGUUUACUGUUAAGACAGUAUGAUCAUCUAGCUGUUCAUCAACUGCUCUCAAUAUGCUCAUCCAUCGUGGGUAUGGGUUGGUGCCUUGCUGCUUAUCAACGGGCGAUACGUUAUGCCCAGCAGACGAAGAAUAAUAUAACGUGGUGUGGUACUAUUUUCCAGGUCUUGUGGCACUUUCUUGUAACAUUGAGCCGCAUCACUUCAAUAUCGAUCGUAGCCUACAUGUUUCCUUAUUGGGCCGUCUUAGCGUGCGGUAUCCACAUUCUCAUCAUGACAAUGUGGUUACAGUUCUAUGACCGCUCAACAUUUUGCUCACAAAGCAAAGUGGCGGAAUUUUUCUUCUCACUAGCACUGGGAGCCGUUUACUUAUUCACAUAUAUUUUACCAGUGGAAGGCCGGACUAGAUAUAGAUAUACGCUAUAUUAUAGUAUAUGUGGUAUACAAAACCUCAUCUGCGGUUUGUUGUGGAUUUUGUAUGUAGAUGAAGGCUUGAAAAUGUCCAUAUAUUUUUAUCCUGUGAUGUUGUUGAGCACAGUGCCAUAUGUUGUGGGUCUUUUGUUUAUGCUUGUAUAUUACGGAUGUUUUCAUCCUAAAGUGUCUGUUAGUUCAUCUGUUUCAUUUAAUGGGGAAGAAGUAGAAGUCAAAUGA